AUGCCCACCACCAUCCACAAGCAGCAGCCCGGCCGGCCCGGCGCUGGGCACGACGGCACCGUGAAGUGGGGCAGCCUGUUCCUGCUGGCGGGGCUCCUCGCCCUCUGCGCCGCGCUGCAGCCGGCGUCUGGGCAGUUCACUCCAGCUGUCUGCAGGCUCCCCAAGGACCGCGGCCCCUGCAAGGAUUCGUUCCAGCGCUUCUACUACAACCCGGCUGCCAGGACCUGCCGUACGUUCAUUUACGGUGGCUGUCUUGGCAAUGGAAACAACUUUAGGACUUUCCAGCAGUGCCUGAACAAGUGCAGGUUCGGCCUUGUGGGGCUGAGCCUGCCAAGGCCGGACGCUGCGAGAGGCAUCGCGGCACCGGGGCAAUGGCUGGAGGAACAGAGCAGGGUGAAGCCGGGCAUCUGCUUUCUCCCUGUGGCGCCCGGCCUCUGCCUGGCCAGCGUGCCCUGCUUCUACCGCAAUGCCGCCACCGGCAAGUGCUUGAGGUUUAACUACGGGGGCUGCCAGGGCAGCGAGAACCGGUUCACCACUAAGAAGAAGUGUCUCCAGACCUGCGGGUAGCCAGCACAGCUCUAGGAGUGACCCCGCGUGGGAGC